CCCAACAGAAGGAGUUCCAAAGGCGGGAGCUCACAUUUUUCAAUCAGGAACAAACAACGUUUUGUGAUUAUUGUAAACAUAGUGUGUGAGCUAUGAUUUAUUCUACAAAUCCGACACCUGAAGGUGUUGGGAAACUGCUGUCGGAACCCUCUGAGACACAUUCGUAUGUAAGAGCGGCUACCAAGUUGGUAGAUCACAGCGAAAGGUUUCUCGUGAAAGAUAGAAACUUUGGCCGGCAGUAUGCUCAUCUGUAUGCGGAAAGGCUGUUGACGAUGAGACCGAAACUAAUCGAAGCUGCUAAAGAUAAAUGGGGGGCUGACAUCAAAAUUAGGAAGCUGCAUGAACUGAAGAGUGACGAGAAGUGUGUGGUAAUCGGAACACUCUUCAAACACAUGGAACUGAAGCCAAGUAUCCUCAAAGAAAUUAGUGAAGAGCACAACUUGAUGCCACAGCCGGUCCGGUCCCGCUACACUGAUGAAGCUGACAAGCUGCUGUUGGAGGAUGAACUACAGAGAAUUUAUCUGCUUGGAAACAUGAAGGUGGACACAUCAGUCACAGGUGUGAUCGUGGCCGUGUAUGGUGUUGAGCCUGAAGAUGACAAGGGCAAGUUCCAUGUUGAAGACUGGACGUUCCAGCUCCUGCCCGCUCAGGUGGACAGGCCAAAACUCACAAAAGACAGUUAUGUGGCCUUAAUGUCUGGUUUGGACAUCGGGGCCAAGUCCGAGAAGCUGUUCCAGCUUCAGAUGUUUAUUGACCUGGUGACCGGGCAGUUGGGGGAUGAAGGGCAGCAAGAAGCAUCAGCAAACAUUGUUCGCGUCAUCUUUGCAGGGAACAGCCUCAGUGGCUCUCUACAGGAUAAAGAGAGUUUGAACAAGGCAAAAUAUCUGACCAAGAACACAACAGCAGGAACUGUGGAGGCAAUGAAAAGUUUAGACGAUGUCGUCACACAGCUCGCUUCAUGCGUUGAUGUGGACAUUCUCCCUGGGGCAACUGAUCCUACAAAUCAUGUGCUGCCACAACAGCCCUUACACAGAUGUAUGUUUCCCCAGUCCGCAGCAUACCCCACCAUGAACACUGUCACCAACCCCCUGGAUCUCAGCGUGGACGGAGUCAGAUUUUUGGGGACCUCCGGGCAGCCAGUUCAAAACAUCUGGCGAUACAGCACGCUGGAGGAUGACCUGGAUAUCCUGGAGAAGACCCUGGUGUGGGGACAUCUGGCUCCCACAGCACCCGAUACACUUGGGUGCUACCCCUUCUAUAGUGACGACCCAUUUAUCAUCAACCACUGCCCUCAUGUCUACUUCGCCGGCAAUUGUAAGGAGUACGGAACCAAGAUGUUUAAAGGUCCUAAUGGGCAGGAAGUUGUCCUGGUGUCAAUCCCACGGUUCAGCCAGACGUCAACUGCAGUCCUUGUCAACCUCCGCAGCCUGGAGUGCCAGCCGAUCAGUUUUGAUGCUCAUUUCCCCGGUCCGACAGAGGCCAGCCCAGAGGUCGAUAAAUGAGACUGUGAAGAC